AUGGGACGGCUAGAGGCAGCACGGGAGCGUAGAAAAGCGAUUGCCGAGGCCCCAGAUGAGCAACACGUAAAGAUGGUGCAGUUUCUUCAAGGGAAAAAGUUCCCAGACAAUCUCUCGACGGUUUUUGCGUCGCGAAAUUGCUUCAGAGAACACAUCUCUCACCACGAUGCUCAAUGGGCAAGGUGGCCUUCUUUGGCGGAGCUCAAGGAGGUGCGCGACAAACGGCCGGGUGCACAUGAGCGAUACCUUCCUCCCCCAAAGCUGAGAAUCGAUGUCAAAGGCUACGCGGCGUAUCAGAACGAGCAUAGUUAUUGGGCAGACAGGACAGACUUUGGCGGGGUGAGGCAAUUGAAAGUUGACACUCGAUUCAUUCCCUCUAUAUCCCCUCCCAGUGCUCCCACUGAGCCCCCUUUCCCGCAGGCGACGGAACUGGCUCUUGAGGAGCUGCCAAGUUAUCUACAAAAGGCGAUAGAAGACAUGGGGAAAGAACUGGAUGCUGUAGACGGCUUUGGUGUUUCGAAUAGCUUAUGA